AUGCCAAACACCUGUGAGGAAAUCUCUUCGAACUCGGAGGAGGAGGAGGAGGAAGGUAAAAGAGUGCCACCGCGGGCCGAAGCUAAUGAGGCGACCGAUGCUAAUGAGGCGACCGAUGCUAAUGAGGCGACCGAUGCUAAUGAGGCGACCGAUGCUAAUGAAGCUGCAGGUUCUAAUGUGGUUUCGGAAGGCCUUGACGCGGAGUCGUUACUCUUAUCCAUCAAACGCACUCUGAGCCAAUGUAAAAUAGAUGCCAAUCACUGUGUUGGGCAGUGUUACGACGGAGCUUCUGUUAUGUCGGGGUCAAACAAUGGAGUUCAGGAGAAAUUCAGAAAAGACGUCCCGUAA